CGCGGCUGAGGAGAGCCUGCCUGGUUGCGUGGAGGGUUGUUUUAUUCCCACCCCUACCACCCCCCUUAUUUUCCCGAGUCUUAUUAAUUUCUCUGUGGGGCUGCAGCUGGAGACCGCGGAGCGCUGGAAAUGACGCUCGGAGCUUUAAUUACCGCAGCCGCUGGACAAGUGUGAGGAAAGCUGACAAGAAAAAGAAGGACAGGAUCGGGGGAGAAGCAAGAAGCUUCCCCGCCCCCCUUCCCUCCCGAUUUGGACUGGAGGUGCAAGGAAACUGAAAAAAGGAGCCGAACAUAGCCCUGCUGCGGGGAGAGGCCGGAAACCUACCGCCUCUUUGCAAUCAACUUUUUUUGGAAACCUUUUUCCCCCUUCCUUUUUAUUGUUGACCAACCAGUGAGAGAGAGAGAAAGUGAGGAGGGAGCGAGAAAGCAAAGGCGCACCCGGGGAAAUAGCUGCACAGUCCGGCCCCGGAGCACCAGGCGCAUACAUUCGAGCACACUCCCACUCGCACGCACACUCACGCGCACACUUCAACCCCUCCUCCGGACCCCGACCCUGGACCCGCGAGCGCGGACUGGGUCGCCAACCCAGAGAGCCGGUGCACAGAGCGCGCCGCGCCUGCCCCCUUCGCGCCCCCACGCGCGCCUGGCUGGAGGAUCUCCUCCGCGUGCCCGAAAGGGGAUAUGCCAUUUGGACAUGUAAUUGUCAGCACGGGAUCUGAGACUUCCAAAAAAUGAAGCUGGCGACAGGACUGUGGGUCUGGGUGAGCCUUCUCUUGGCUGCAGGGACCGUCCAGCCCAGCGCUUCUCAAUCAGGAGGAGGCCAGAAGGUUUAAGACUGAGGGACCUACAUGUGUGUGUGCAGGAACAGAGAAUAAACUGAGUUCCCUCUCUGACCUGGAACAGCAGUACCGGGCCUUGCGCAAAUACUAUGAGAACUGUGAGGUAGUCAUGGGCAACCUGGAGAUAACCAGCAUCGAGCACAACCGGGACCUCUCCUUCCUUCGGUCUAUUCGAGAAGUCACAGGCUAUGUGUUAGUGGCUCUUAACCAGUUUCGUUACCUGCCUCUGGAGAAUUUACGCAUCAUCCGUGGAACAAAACUUUAUGAAGAUCGGUAUGCUUUGGCAAUAUUUCUAAACUACAGAAAAGAUGGAAACUUUGGACUACAAGAACUUGGAUUAAAGAACUUGACAGAAAUUCUAAAUGGUGGAGUCUACGUAGACCAGAACAAAUUUCUUUGUUACGCAGACACCAUUCAUUGGCAAGAUAUUGUUAGAAAUCCAUGGCCUUCCAAUUUGACUCUCGUAUCAACAAACGGAAGCUCAGGAUGUGGACGUUGCCAUAAGUCCUGUACUGGCCGAUGCUGGGGACCAACAGAAAAUCAUUGUCAGACCUUGACAAGGACGGUGUGUGCAGAACAAUGUGAUGGCAGGUGCUAUGGACCUUAUGUCAGUGACUGCUGCCAUAGAGAAUGUGCUGGAGGCUGCGCAGGACCUAAGGAUACGGACUGCUUUGCCUGCAUGAACUUCAAUGACAGUGGGGCAUGUGUGACUCAGUGUCCCCAAACCUUUGUCUACAAUCCAACCACUUUUCAAUUGGAACACAACUUCAAUGCAAAGUACACUUAUGGAGCAUUCUGUGUCAAGAAGUGCCCACAUAACUUUGUGGUUGAUUCUAGUUCUUGUGUGCGUGCCUGCCCUAGUUCCAAGAUGGAAGUAGAAGAAAAUGGGAUUAAAAUGUGUAAACCUUGCACUGAUAUUUGCCCAAAAGCUUGUGAUGGCAUUGGCACGGGAUCACUGAUGUCAGCUCAGACUGUGGAUUCCAGUAACAUUGACAAAUUCAUAAACUGUACAAAGAUCAAUGGGAAUUUGAUCUUCCUUGUCACUGGUAUUCAUGGGGACCCUUACAAUGCAAUUGAAGCUAUAGACCCAGAGAAACUGAAUGUUUUUCGGACAGUCAGAGAGAUAACAGGUUUCUUGAACAUACAAUCAUGGCCCCCAAAUAUGACUGACUUCAGUGUUUUUUCCAACCUGGUGACCAUUGGUGGAAGAGUACUCUAUAGUGGCCUCUCCUUGCUGAUCCUCAAGCAACAAGGCAUUACCUCUCUACAGUUCCAGUCUCUGAAGGAGAUUAGUGCAGGAAACAUCUAUAUAACCGACAAUAGCAACCUGUGUUAUUAUCACACCAUCAACUGGACAACCCUCUUCAGCACCAUUAACCAAAGAAUAGUGAUCCGGGAUAACAGAAAAGCUGAGAACUGUACUGCUGAAGGAAUGGUGUGCAAUCAUCUAUGUUCCAAGGAUGGCUGUUGGGGUCCUGGGCCCGACCAGUGUCUUUCAUGCCGACGCUUCAGCAGGGGAAGGAUAUGCAUAGAGUCCUGUAACCUCUAUGAUGGUGAAUUUCGGGAGUUCGAGAAUGGCUCCAUCUGCGUGGAGUGUGACUCCCAGUGUGAGAAGAUGGAAGAUGGCCUCCUCACAUGCCAUGGACCGGGACCUGACAACUGUACAAAAUGUUCUCACUUUAAGGAUGGUCCAAACUGUGUAGAGAAAUGUCCAGAUGGCUUACAGGGGGCAAACAGUUUCAUUUUCAAGUAUGCGGAUCAGGAUCGGGAGUGCCACCCAUGCCAUCCGAACUGCACCCAAGGGUGUAACGGUCCCACUAGUCAUGACUGCAUUUACUACCCAUGGACGGGCCAUUCCACUUUACCACAACAUGCUAGGACUCCCCUAAUUGCUGCUGGAGUCAUUGGAGGUCUCUUCAUCCUGGUCAUCGUAGGUCUGACCUUUGCAGUUUAUGUUAGAAGGAAGAGCAUCAAAAAGAAAAGAGCCUUGAGAAGAUUCCUGGAAACAGAGCUGGUGGAACCCCUGACUCCCAGUGGUACAGCACCCAACCAAGCUCAGCUUCGUAUUUUGAAAGAAACUGAACUCAAAAGAGUAAAAGUCCUUGGCUCAGGUGCUUUUGGAACCGUUUAUAAAGGCAUUUGGGUACCUGAAGGAGAAACAGUGAAGAUUCCUGUGGCUAUUAAGAUUCUCAAUGAGACGACUGGUCCCAAAGCCAAUGUGGAGUUCAUGGAUGAAGCUCUGAUCAUGGCCAGCAUGGACCAUCCACACCUAGUCCGCCUAUUGGGUGUGUGUCUAAGCCCAACCAUCCAGCUGGUUACCCAGCUGAUGCCCCACGGCUGCCUGCUGGAAUACGUCCAUGAACACAAGGAUAACAUUGGAUCACAGCUGCUGCUGAACUGGUGUGUCCAGAUAGCUAAGGGAAUGAUGUACCUAGAAGAAAGACGGCUUGUUCAUCGGGACUUGGCAGCUCGAAAUGUGUUAGUGAAAUCGCCAAACCAUGUGAAAAUCACAGAUUUUGGAUUAGCCAGACUCUUGGAAGGAGAUGAAAAAGAAUAUAAUGCUGAUGGAGGAAAGAUGCCAAUUAAAUGGAUGGCACUAGAGUGUAUACAUUAUAGAAAAUUCACCCACCAGAGUGACGUUUGGAGCUAUGGAGUCACUAUAUGGGAACUGAUGACCUUUGGAGGGAAACCCUAUGAUGGAAUUCCAACUCGAGAAAUUCCUGAUUUAUUAGAAAAAGGAGAACGUUUGCCUCAACCUCCCAUCUGCACCAUUGACGUUUACAUGGUCAUGGUCAAAUGCUGGAUGAUUGACGCUGACAGUAGACCUAAAUUUAAGGAGCUGGCUGCCGAAUUUUCAAGGAUGGCUCGAGAUCCUCAAAGAUAUCUUGUUAUUCAAGGUGAUGAUCGUAUGAAGCUUCCCAGUCCAAAUGACAGCAAGUUCUUUCAGAAUCUCUUGGAUGAAGAGGACUUGGAAGAUAUGAUGGAUGCUGAGGAAUACCUGGUCCCCCAGGCUUUCAACAUCCCUCCCCCCAUCUAUACUUCCAGAGCAAGAAUUGACUCAAAUAGGAGUGAAAUUGGACACAGCCCUCCUCCUGCCUACACCCCCAUGUCAGGAAACCAGUUUGUAUACCGGGAUGGGGGUUUUGCUGCAGAACAAGGAAUGGCAGUGCCCUACAGGGCCACAACCAGCACAAUCCCAGAAGCACCAGUUGCUCAGGGAGCUGCAGCUGAGAUUUUCGACGACUCCUGUUGUAAUGGCACCCUGCGUAAGCCCGUGCAACCCCAUGUCCAAGAGGACAGUAGCACCCAGAGGUACAGUGCUGACCCCACAGCAUUUGCCCCAGAACGGAGCCCACGAGGAGAGCUGGAUGAAGAAGGUUACAUGACGCCUAUGAGAGACAAACCCAAACAAGAAUACCUGAAUCCAGUGGAGGAGAACCCUUUUGUUUCUCGGCGAAAAAAUGGAGACCUUCAAGCUUUGGAUAAUCCCGAGUAUCACAAUGCUUCCAGUGGCCCACCCAAGGCAGAGGAUGAGUAUGUGAACGAGCCUCUGUACCUUAACACCUUUGCCAACACCUUGGGGAAUGCUGAAUACCUGAAGAACAACGUUCUGUCUGUGCCAGAGAAGGCCAGGAAAGCGUUUGACAACCCUGACUACUGGAACCACAGCCUGCCCCCAAGGAGCACCCUACAGCACCCAGACUACCUGCAGGAGUACAGCACAAAAUAUUUUUAUAAACAGAAUGGACGGAUCCGGCCUAUCGUGGCAGAGAAUCCUGAAUACCUCUCUGAGUUCUCGCUGAAGCCAGGCACUGUGCUGCCUCCUCCACCCUACAGACACCGGAAUACUGUGGUGUAAGCUCAGCCCUGGUUCUAAGGUGGAGAGACACGCCCGCUCCAAUUUCCCCACCCCCUCUCUUUCUCUGGUGGUCUUCCUUCUACCCCCCCAAGGCCAGUAGUUUUGACACUUCCCAGGGGAAGACAUAGAGACGCAAUGAUAGUUACUCGCUUAUCUAACUUGAGCAUAAGAAGGAAGGACUGAAAGAGAAAGACAGGAGGAACCACACUGUUUCUUCAUCUCUCUGAAUGGGUUGGUUAGGAAAGUGAACAGCUGGAGAUGGACCAGAAAAUAUAAGGCAAUGCUGCCUGCUGUCAAACUAGCUCUCUCUCUCCCUUUCCCUCCCUUCCUCCCUCUGUUCCUUUCUUCUUUCUUCUUUCCUUUUUUUUUUUAAUUGCUGAUGGUUGAACCACCCACACUAUCUGUUCCUUCCUGUAGUAAUUGAUGACCAUAUUCAGCAUCCCUGGGAAUCAUUAAAUUUCCAUUAGAACAAAAGGAUAAUCAUUUCAGUAACAUGAGACUAAGUGAGAUUCAGAAUCCAAUUUUUUCCUCAAUAGUUUCUAUCCUGGCAAGGAAGAAUGAAAAUCCCAGCUUUCAUAAUUUUUAAAUCUUCACCAACUUCAUAUAUAGUAAUUUUGUUUGGAAGCCUUUUCUGAUUUAUUUUUCUUCUCCUCCUCUUUUCCUUCUCUAACUUCUUCUUUUUUUGCUUUGGCUUAUGUCUUUGUAUUGGUUACUUUUCUAUUUGGGGCUUUAAUUUCUACUUGCAAGAAUAUUUCCAUCAAAGCUUCUUUAUAUCAUUUUUAAAAUAUUUUAAUAUGAUGAAAUGGGCACUAUUUAAAAAAAAUCAGUCUUUAAAAUUAGAAGGGAAGGUCAAGACCCUAGUUAAAUUCUGCACCAACUCUAGCAUUCAUGUUUUGCACUAUUGAAUAUAUUCUCCCCCACCCUUUACAUUCUUCAACAUUUUCUUCUCUUCCAUAAAUGGCAGUACUUGAUAGGCAGUUGAUAAUCUUAAGAAUAGAAGGAAUCAAGGAGAUCGUUCUAUGUGGUUCAAGAAAACUACUGAUACAUUCAGGGGUGGUCCAAUGGGGGAAUCCAUGAACUGGAAGAAACACACUGGAUGGGUAUGUCUACUUGGAAGAUAUUCAGAAAUGUAGUUUGCACUUAAGCUAUAAAUUUAUUUGUUAUUUUUCUGAACUCCAUUUUGGAUUUUGAAUGAAGCAAUAUGGAAGCAACCAGCAAAUUAACUAAUUUAAGUACGUUUUUUCUUUAAGAGCUAAGAUAAAGACAGACUGUGGAAAUGCCAAAUGAAGCAAAUUAGGAUUUUGGAACAAAAUCCAGGGAUUACAGUGACACAGCGAGCACAUUAGCUCCAUAGGAUAUCAUGUUUGCUACAUAAGGAAAUUUGUUCAGUUUGAAUAUUCCAUAUGAAGGAAUGCAAGUAAAGGAUUGGUUUGAAUUCCAUGGAAUUUCUAGUAGGAGACUCUCUUUAUAUUGAAUAGAAGGUAACUCUUUGCAUAGAUUGGUAUAACAUGAAGAAAAAAACAAAUAUUCAUAGCUUGUAGGUAGGUCCUUGGGUCAAAAUUUGUAAAUAAAUGUGAAAAUUCUUCUCAUGCAAUCAUUUUAUUCUCUAACACAUGAAUCUUUUGACAUUUCGACUUAAGAACUCUUUUUCUGCACACACUGCUCCGAGAUGUAUAACCAUCUGUGACUUUUCAUUUUAAAAGAACAUCUACUGAGUUAAGAUGAGUGAUGAAAACAAAUGACAGCUGAGUUUCUAGUAAAGCAGGGGCUCACAUUAAUAGGAAAAUUAUAUACAUAUACAUAUAUAUGUAUAUCUAUACAUACACGUAUAUAUGUAUAUGUGUGUGUGUGUAUAUAUAUAUAUAUAUAUGUUUUCUGUUUUGCCCAAAAAUCAUUUAUAAUUUAAAAAAUUACUUCUUUCUAAUGUUUAAGAAUUGGGAGCAAAGGAAAUUCAAUAACCUAAAGAUAAUCAGUUAAACUAAAAAUGUCCAUUGGUAAAGCAGAGAAAGAUUAGAGGGGGAAAAUUCCAAGUAAAUCUGUUUCUACCUAAUUUGAAAAACAAAUCUAUUCAUCCAAAACCUAUUUAUUCAACAGAUAUUGAUUUAGAGUCUACUAAAGGCACUAUGUUAUGUGGGGAACAUAGAGAUAAAUAGAAUAUCCUCCCUGACUUCAAAAUUUUGCAGUCAAGACUUAUUUAGAAUGAAAUUUUAAUUUCUCCAUGAGUUCAAAGACUCAGAUUGCAUGGAUUAUUUUGUGAGUAGCAUCCAUAAAAUCAGAUUUUUUAAGUAAAAAAGUCCUGUAAACUAAUUUGGAACAUGAAUGAAACAUCCUUCAAGUUACUGAAAUUGGCAAAUAGGAUAAUUUCUACCAUAUCCUCCAAACAUGGUCUAAUAGGAUAUAGCCUCACUGGCUCAUUGGUCUAUCUGGAUUCCAACUUCACCAUUAAAACAAUAGCCAAUGAUGAAUGAUCUUUGGUGAAAUCCCUUAGAGGUGCUGGGGUUGGUCUCAAGUUCUCAGGAGUCAGGCAAGCUGAAAGAGUGAGGUUAAGGAGAAGGAAAAUUAGUGAGGUUCUUUCCAGUGAAGUUCAUCACUUUCUCAAGGAUGAAAACACAGAUUGACUCAGGACCACAACCUACCAUCUCAAAACUCUUCUCCUCCAUUCAGAGAAAUUUCUAGGAAAAGGGCACUUCAUCUUUGUACCCAUGAGAAUUGAAUAUAAACCCCUCUUUCUAGAUAAAUCUGUAUCAAGUCAUCAUUGACAGCACUACUUGACCUUUUCAUUUACAAUAUUCAUAUGACUUUUGCCAUAUGAAUGGGAAGCAGGAACACCUAAUUUGAAGAAGGAAAAAUAAUAAUCUUUUUUUAACUGUUAAGGUAAUAGAUAUAUACUUAGCAUAUACAGUCUCCUUUCUCUUAAAACAUAAGACUUACAGUUUAUGUAAUUUCCCUGUAAUCACUAGAGAUUGAUGUAAGUACAAUUCAAACUGGCCUAAAGUACUUAACGUUUCUUUUGAAUGAUUUGUCUCAUAUGCUUGAUUUCCAUUGUUUGGGGCUUUCAUUUUUGUUUUAUUUUUGUCCCCUAGGAAGACAUAUUUAACAGUAUAUAAGAAGGAGUAAAAAUAACAUUUUAACCCAGUAGAGUGAAAUCUUAAAACACAAGUUAAAGCUUCCAAAUUGCUUUGGAAUAUCAGAAACCAGAGGCCAGUGGUAUCAAUGGAAAUAUGCAGAAUCUAUUGUGUAAAUUUGAGAAAAUUAAUAUUAAAACUAUACUGACUGUUUUUUUUAAAUUGCCAGAUUUUGUCAAUUGAGCCUAUCUUGUAGAAUCCUAUUUUAAGACACAGGAAAACCUUAUAAAUUGUUGUUUAAAGAAUUAGUUCUUAAACAGGUACGAAAAGGUGUCUUCUAAACCUGAGUAAAUCCAGAAUCACAAGGCAUGUGUGGCACAGAGGUACUUUGAUGACCUAGCAGCUGUUGGUUUUCUGAAUAUUAUUAGUAGCACAGGAUCAGAGUGUUUUCUUCAGAAUCAUUCUCAAAUAACAUGAAAAACAAAGCAAUAUUUAAACUCUAUUAAAAACUAAGAAACUUAGCUUUGUAUAUCAGGAGGAAUGGACCUAGUAGUGUACAUUGAAGUUCUUCCUGGUGUGUCAGUGUCAAAGAUUGAUGUGGCACGAGGAUGGUGCUCAUCUCCAAUGCUAGGGAAAGAUAGAAAAAGUGCUUUGAGGCUCUGCUGCUAGAUGAACUUGGAAGGAUGAUUAGUGCACUUUGUGAAGUGUCAAAAAGCAAAAGAAAAUUAACAUCAUUUACGCCUGACAGGGAAGGAUGUAAAUACAAAUUUUUUUUAGAGCUAUCUAACCUUUAUUUAAAAACUUGAAUUAUUCACCCACCUGUAGUUGUUAAUUAUUUAACUAGUCUAUGUAGUUCCUAAGGUAAUAGAAAAGGGGAUCAUGAAAGCAUGUAUAUAACUGGACAGAAUCACGAUAAUGCUGUAAGAUGUAGAUUUAGUUAGGUUGUUAUCUGAUGUUAAGCAGUUUUAAUAUUACUAAUUAAAUCAAAUAGAAAACUAACCAUAAGGUAUAAUGUAACUAAAUAAAAUUCAGGAUAUGAAAAUGUAGAAUGUAAAAUUAAGUUUGCCAUUUAAAUUGUUACUUGUGGGGUUUAGCUGAGAGUAGACAUCUAUGGUUCCAAAUUUGGAAACUGUUUAAAGCACUACAGUGAAAUUGUUUCUAGUUUUCUUAUUUCUUUAUCACUUUUCAAAUGUAUUAAGCCUAAAGAGAAAUUUAUUUUAUGUUUUUCAUUUUGUUUUGCAAAUACCACCUUGUAGCAUUUAGUAGGUAAAUAUGUUGCAUGAGAUUUUAAGAAGUCUUCAAAAUGAAGUAAAGAAGAUGAAAAUAUUCUAUUACCUUAUGCAGAGAUUAAAAAAAGAAAAAGAGAGCGAAAAAGAGUGCUGUCAUUUAGAAAGCAAACAAAAUGUAUUUAAAUUGUGACAUAUCCUUUGUUUUCUCAACAUGCCUUUUAGCCUCCAAAACCAACACGGAAUUAGUUAACAUUUUUUUUUUCUGACAAACACAUGUUAAACCAAACAUUUUAAAUGACUAUAUUGUCAUCCUUUUGGACUCUAGAUUUUAGAAUGAUGAUUUGGUAUGGGGCAAAUGAAAAAUUCAGGUAUAACUUUUUAGCUGUUAAAAAGACAGAUAAAUCAACUUCAAUUGUAUGCACUGUGGGCAGAACAUCCCGAUCUGCCUGCGUUCAUGGACUUUGUUGUGUGUCAGGUGAAGGACAGCCUUAUACCUGUCUAGGCACAUAAAGGCACACUGGUGCCUGCUUGUUAUUUGCUCAAGAACAAGUAACAAUGUGUGGAAGUAGAUAACGUAUAAUUUUAGGAGAUCACUAUCAGUAAAGACCUUAUUCUCACUAUUACUACAGUGGGGUCAGCUUGUAUACUUUUGGGUAGAAUUAAUACCUUUUUUUUUUUUUCCUGAUUCUGGAGAUGCUUUUACAAAAGGAGUUUUCUCCGCAGUUGUAAACACAAAGCUGUUGUGGGUAUCCUGUGGGGCCAGGAGCCCUUGACUUUGUGUGGGUUAAUUUCUUUUAACACUAUGGGCUGCUUUGUUCAAUUCAUUAGAAGAAAGGAUUCUGUAAAAUAGUAGAAAUUCCACACGCUGUUCAAGUCCCACUGACUUUGUAGAGAGGCAAAAUAAUAGGAUAUGUCACUUUUCCAAACUGCUGCCUCAUCUCAUUCCUAGCCAGGUGAUAUUUUGGGCAAGAAGAGAAAGCUUCUAGAGUCAUGUGUUGAAAAGGCUCCAAACCCCAAUUUCAUGGGGGCAUUCACAUGGAAAACACUCUUUGACAGUCAGCUUUGCAAGUAUAUGAUUAUCUUGUUAGGAAUCACAGAAAAUUUUAUUUCUGUCUGAACUUUAGAGGAAAAUAGCACCUUACUUUUUUCCCCCCCUCAUUGACACAGCUGCCCCUAUUGUCUUCACUUUCUACCACCUAGUUCAAAGUGGCUCAUUAGGAUGCUGACCCUCUCUUAAGCCAUAGUGGAUCUCUGGGGUCCAACACCCUGCUCUGCUAAAUACUGACGUAGCCUUUAUCCUCAGAUGCCUGAUUUUUUCCAUAAAAUAUGUUACCAAUUUGGACACUAUUUAAAUUAUUUUCAAAUAGAUUAUUGCACAGAGAAUACUUUAGAAUAUUAAAAUUGUUUUUCCAUGAAGAUUAAUUCUCUUCCUGUGUUCUUGAAUUUGAGAUGAAAUCAGCCCCAACAUGCAUCUCAAAAUUCACAUACAUGCACAUGUUCUUCUAGGUCUUAGAUAUAAUCUUUCUGUAAAUCUAUAUGUGUAACUGAGAAGUGAUUUUGCUAAAAAAUUAACUUAUUUACUUUAUUCAUCUUAUUUUAUUUCUAAUUGCAAAUAUUUUAUAGCUGCUGUAAUUUGUUUUCCAAAUGAGGAGUCUUAUUAUCAUAAAGGUAAAGGCUUAGCAACUUUGAGAACCUCCUGUGACUUUUCUUCAGACCGUUCACCCAUCUAACCAGUUUAUAACGAGUGCAAUUUCACUGUAAUGGAAAUCCAUGUUUUCUGAUAGAACACCAUUCUUUCUCUACUUUUGCUCUUUAAGGACAUUUUUCCUGUAAUGCCCUAGCAAGUUGUCCCUGUAUCAUGAGAACUGGUUAUAUUUGUCCAAAUAUACAAACAUAGGAAAACAAAGUUUCUUACCCGUAGGCUAUAGUCUUCUUGUCCAAGCCACUUUUCCUUUUCUGCUAUUUUUGUCCCUAACGUGUAUAUGUUUUCCCCAGGCCUAUAGCCCUUUUGAAGAAAAGCAAAUCAGACCUUCUAUGUAUUGACAUAAACCUGGUUUUCAAGUAUCAUUUCUGGAGUUUUCAGUUAAUGGAGAGGUUGUACCUUUCCCCUUAAUGUGUGAGUCGUUUUCCUGUAUAUUUCUGGAUCUCUCAGGGGCUGGGAGGGGGGAGUGAGGGGACUACAACCAUAGCACUCCAAGAACCCUUUUGGAAUUACUACAGUAAUCAACUACGAAAGUUAUUUUCUAAGUGUAGAUAUGUAAGCUGUUCUCUUAAAGUAAGGUACUUUGAAAUAUGUAGCAUAAACUGGUACUGCUGUUAAAUGGGUCGAUUAUUAUACUGAGCAGCUGUGCGAGGGCAGCUAACUUUGAAUGUGCAUCUCACUGGCUGGUGUGUCUACAUCUCAUAUUGUGAGCACCAGGGAUUGCACCACUGCAUGUUGAAAAUGCAUUUUCUCACUGUUUGACUAGUCGUUCAUCUGUUUCUUGAGCAUAGGAACAAGAUGUUAAGAUGUAAUGAAAAUGAGAUGAACGUGUCACACGACUCAUAGCACAAAACAAUAAGCCACGUGAAAUCUUCUCUCAAAUUCUCAUCUCAUGCACGCAUCAAAGUAGUUGACUAAGGUCAGUUUGGGUGAUAAAGGGAGACACUUUACCGAAAGGCAGAGUUGUGUUCACGUCCUUAUUUUCUUAACUUGUAAAAGAAAACAAGUCCUCUCUCCUGUUGAAGUAUCUUCAAAGGACAGGGGUACAAAAAUAACUUGCUGGUAAGCCAUCAAUGUUUCAUUUAAAUCCCAGCGUUCAAAGUUAGCUGCCUUUUUGAAAUAAACAAACAAAAAAUACUACUGUAUGUUUGAAAAUGUGAAUAGUAUUUUUAUAGCUUGUUAAAGACAUGGCUAGUUGCAUUUGUAAAUAAGGAUAAUGUUGCUUUGAUUUUCUUUUGUGAACAUCUUUAUAUGGAACAUAAUUGUCUUUAGGGUUGAUUUGUAUAUAAGUAAUUGGCUUGUGAUUGUUUCUUUUUUUGGUUGGAAGUUAUCAUUUUGACAUUACUCGUGAUUCUGUGUUCAGCACUAUUGUGACGUGUCCAACCUCUGCACUCGCUUACACAAUAGGAUAUGCCAAUUGUGUGUGGUGUAAUGUUAUUUUAAUUUUUUUUCUAUUUUAUCUAUGAAGGAUUAUGCACUUAACACAUACUAACUUUUUUAAUGUUAGGUAUAUUUUUAGUAUAAUUUCCCUUAUUCUCUCCUCUCCUCCAGCCUUUCACCCCUUUCCCCGCCCUUCCCCUGAUUUCUGUUGUUAUUCAAGAAUGAGGGAGAAACAGUAUUUUAAAUUUAUGUAAUUAGGCUUUUCAGUUAGUUCUCAAGGAUCCUCCUUUGGCUCUUGGGAAAGAAUUAUACCUGUUCAAGGCAAUUAUAGAAUGCGAACUGCUUUGCCUCAUUCCGUACUGAUCAUCCCAGCUGAACAAUUUGAAAACUGUUCUGCCUUUUUGUUACAUGAAUCUGUCAGAAAUAUAUUUUUAAUUUAAUAUAAAUGAAAUUCAAUAAAAUAUGAAACAAAUGUU